AUGGCCACAAUAUCAAAUGAAACCCCUCUCUGGAGGCUGCAACAAACAUUAAAUCACAUCCUGCCACAAUCCGUUCGCAAAAAUGAAGAACGCCUCGCGGUCGUUCACGGACCUACCCAGCCUGCUCUUUGGGAGAUGACCUUGGGCGAAUUGCUGGAGUUCCAGUGUUUGCGGUAUCGCGAUCUAGAGGCUGUCGUUGUCCCCUGGACCGGGGCGCGAUGGACGUAUGGACAACUUGAAAAUGAAAGCAGUCACCUUGCCCGUGGCCUCUUAGCAAAAGGGAUCCAGCGUGGGGAUAGAAUUGGGGUGAUGGCGGGCAACUGUGAAGAAUAUGUGUCACUGUUUUUCGCCGCUGCCCGUGUUGGCGCUAUCUUAGUUGUCAUCAACAACACCUAUACGCAUGCUGAGUUGAAGUAUGCUCUUAGCCACACAGCUUGCAAGUUGCUCUUCAUUGUUCCUCGAAUCGGCCGGCAUGAUCUUAAGGAUGCAUUGGAGGAUCUUCACUCGCACGAUAUAUCAAAACGACUUCCAAAUCUUAAUGAAACGGUGAUGAUUCAAGGUUCCUUUAAAAGCUUUGGAACGUAUAAAGAUGUUAUUCUUGCCGGCAACGUUGUCCCGUUAAGCGCAGUCCAGCGGCGGCAGGACACUCUAUCGCCAUUCGAUGUCUGUAAUCUGCAAUUUACGAGUGGCUCAACCGGGAAUCCAAAAGCUUCAAUGCUAACACAUCACAAUUUAAUCAACAACUCGCGCUUCAUCGGUGAUCGGAUGGACUUCACCGAGUACGACAUACUCUGCUGUCCGCCGCCGUUAUUUCAUUGUUUUGGGCUUGUCCUUGGUCUUCUCGCGUGUAUAACGCACGGAGCCAAGGUCGUGUAUCCUGCCGAAACAUUUGACCCCAAAGCUGUAUUGAGAGCAAUAUCAGACGAGCGGUGCACAGCACUCCAUGGAGUGCCCACGAUGUUUGAAGCAAUCCUGGCACUCCCGAGACCCGAUUCGUUUGACUGCUCACAGCUCCGAACGGGCAUCAUCGCAGGUGCGCCAGUACCACGACCACUCAUGAAACGGCUAUGGAAUGAGCUGAAUAUGACCGAGUUCACCAGCAGUUACGGGUUGACCGAAGCGUCGCCAACAUGCUUCAACGCAUUCACUAGCGACUCAAUUGCGACCCGGCUCACAACGGUAGGCAAAGUGCUACCGCAUGCUAGCGCCAAAAUCAUCAAUCCCGAAACUGGGGAGACUGUGAAAAUCGGAGAACGGGGAGAACUCUGUAUGUCUGGCUAUCAAAUCCAUAAAGGAUACUGGGGAAAUCUGGAAAAAACAGCAGAGGCAUUGAUAGAAGAUGAGGAUGGCACGAUUUGGUUGCGGACUGGCGACGAGGCGGUGUUCAAUUCAGACGGGUAUUGCACCAUCACAGGACGCUUUAAGGACAUAAUUAUUCGGGGAGGAGAAAAUAUAUAUCCUCUCGAAAUUGAAGAACGUCUCACUGCACACCCAGCAAUCUCGCGAGCUGCAGUAGUUGGACUGCCCAAUAAGCAUUACGGAGAGAUUGUCGGUGCAUUUUUGGUACUCGAGCCUGGCCAUGCUUGUCCACCAGACGACGAAAUAAAAAAUUGGACGCGGCAAACACUCGGGAGACAUAAGGCUCCCAAACACGUGUUUGUGUUUGGUUUGGAUCCAAGGCUGCCGCCAGAUAUGCCCCAGACUGGCAGUGGGAAAAUUCAAAAGCAAGUAUUGAGGGAUCUGGGGAAGCGAUUGGUCGGUGAAGAGUGA